UCAGCGAGCAAAGUUGUACAAAAUGCAUAAACCAAUUUCGAUAUUUUUCAAACAUUUUUUGGACAGUUAUUUGAUUUAAAACAGACAAACACUGUUUUGUAUCUCAAAUGAUAUUGUGUCAUUCUUGUGUUGACUUUUAGAAGUUUUCUAUACUUUGGUUUCUUUUUUUUUUGAUGUGAAAUACAAUAGAAUUACAUAAUAUUGUGCAAAUCGACAAAUAUAUUUACAUUUUUUCCGUCUUCGUCUUCUUCUAUUUUCGAUUUUCGUGAAUUCAUUGCUUCCAAACUAACGGUGCCAUAGUGUUGAAGACAGAAUGUUGAGGCAAGCAUUAAUAGCGAUUGUUUUGAUGUCGCUGCUAAUUGGCAAUUCAUGGGAUGCUGAAGCACACGAUCGAACAUUACGACAAGAGAAAAUUGUCGAUUUUCGUCACAGCGAGACAAAAGUUCGCGAAAAACGAUUCAUCAAUCCAUUUACCAGUUUAUUUAGCGUAUGGAAUGCUCUUACACACAUUUAUCAACUUUAUACAGAGCAAAAAAAUGAAACACAAAGUGCACUGCAACAAACAUAUGAUAUCAUUGCCGAUGGUUUCAACGAUACGUAUCAAGCAACUAAACGGCCAACCACGACAUCAACGUCAUCUCCAGAUUCAGAACCGACAACAUCCACACAACGGUACCGUAUUUCACGAAAGGAGUUCGGUUACAUUUUGGGACGAAAUUAUCGUGGACUUAAAAAACUCUACAACAUUGAAAUUAACGAUGCACUAAAUCAAUCGAAAUACAAUAUCCAAGAGUACAAAAGUGAAAAGGCAUGGGCGCUUGCACCGUAUACGAUUAAGAAAUUUCCACCGUCAAAAGGGAGCAAUAAAACAUCAAACAAUUAAAAACGUUAUUCUAUCGAAUGAAAUACAUUCGUUAACACAUUCCGCAUUGUUGCCUGAUUAUUAUUAGUUUUUUUUUUGUUAAUUUUAAUUUGGAUACAUGUAAUUUUAUACCACCUUACUUAUUGAAAAGAAUGUUUUUACUGUGAUAUAGUUUGUAGCAUUUUUGAAGAGUCGCAAAAAUUGCUAUUUUUAAUAUGAUAAUAAUUCAAAUAAAAAAUUAAAUUGUAACAUA